AUUUAAAGUUUCAUUGAAAACAAUAAUCAAUAUACAUCAAUAAUAACAUUCAGCUGAUCACCUCUUUGGUCCCUUUGAGCUGCCGUCGAUUUCGGCAGACUGGUACGUUUUGAUAACUGGGGAUUUUUAUUUCAGAAGAGUACUAUAUUCUAUAGUAAGGUUAAAGUUUCUACCAGAUCCUACGAUCUACGUUUACGAUAAAACAUAAGUCGUAUUUAUAUUAUUUAUUAAUAAUCAAUAUAAUAUGUCAUACGAGAAGCCUUGCCGAACAUGUACAGAUUUUAAAACAUGGGCCAAGAUCCAGAAACAGACUUUCGAUUCAGAAAAGGAACGGCAGAAACAAGUCACUGAGAGCACUGAAACUGCAAAGCGUAAAAAUUGCCCUUUAGACAAAGAUGAACUGGGCUCGAGCACUUGGGCAUUUUUACAUACAAUGGCUGCAUAUUAUCCUAGUAAUCCUACAAAUGAGCAAAGAAAGGAUAUGAAGACGUUUUUCUAUUUAUUUUCCAAGUUCUAUCCAUGCAAUACAUGUGCAGAAGAUUUUCAAGGUGAACUGAAGACUUCUCCACCACGGACAGAUUCACAGGAACAGCUUAGCCAAUGGCUCUGUGAGAUGCACAAUAUAGUGAAUAGAAAAUUAGAUAAACCAGAAUUUGAUUGUAAAUUGGUCAAUCAAAGGUGGCGAGAUGGAUGGCUUGAUGGAUCAUGUGAUUGACAAUAAUCGUUAAGAGCAAUAUUACUGUGAAAGAUUUUUUGGCUUUUAAUAGCUCAUACAUUAAAUAUUUUAUAACUAGAAGGACAUUGAAUUAUGAUGAAACGUAUUAAAAAAGAGACUUUACUUUCCAAUCGUCAAAACGGUGUAAAUAAGUUAUUAUUGAUCAAUGUAAAUUGUUCCCAUACAGAAUACAGUAUUUAAAAUAA